GGGGAGAUGCUCCAGUGCCUGCUUUUGGAAGGAGAGGAAGGGAGAGACUCAGAAGAGAGACAGGACAGUUCCAUAGAAGAUUCAAAAGAAAUCGUCACCCUGGCUUUUGUGAGCGAGAACACUGGGGCUCAACAUGGGCUUCAGAAUGCCCAGCAGCAAGGCAAGAAGAAGAGGAAGAAAAAGAGAUGAUUGGUGAUCAGUCUGUCCAGCUGCCGAUAUGAGAGUGUGCGUAGGGCUGCCCAACAGUAUGGCCUUCGAGAGGGAGGAGAAAACGACGACUGGACUCUCUACUGGACUGACUACUCGGUGUCGCUGGAGCGGGUGAUGGAAAUCAAAAGUUACCAGAAAAUCAAUCACUUCCCAGGGAUGACUGAAAUCUGCCGCAAGGACUUGCUGGCCAGGAAUAUGAGCCGCAUGUUAAAGAUAUUCCCAAAAGAUUUCCACUUUUUCCCUAGGACCUGGUGUCUUCCUGCUGACUGGGGAGAUUUGCAGAAGUACAGCAGGUCAAGAAAAAAUAAGACGUACAUCUGUAAGCCAGAUUCGGGCUGCCAGGGGAGAGGUGUAUUCAUCACCCAGACAGUGACAGAAAUCAAACCAGGGGAGGAUAUGAUCUGUCAACUCUAUAUCUCAAAGCCCUUUAUCAUCGAUGGGUUCAAGUUUGACCUGCGGAUUUACGUGCUCAUGACAUCCUGUGACCCUCUCAGGAUUUUUGUGUACAAAGAAGGACUGGCGCGCUUCGCCACCACCUCCUACUCCCACCCCUGCCCAGACAACCUGGACGAUAUCUGCAUGCACCUGACUAAUUAUUCCAUUAAUAAGCACAGUUCCAGUUUCCUUCGAGAUGCUCUCUCUGGCAGCAAGAGGAAGCUCUCCACCUUCAACGUGUACAUGGAGAGCCACGGCUACAACGUGGGGCAGAUCUGGAGAGACAUCGAGGACAUCAUCAUCAAGACGCUCAUCUCGGCUCACCCCAACAUCAAGCAUAACUACCACACCUGCUUCCCCAAUCACACACUCAACAGCGCCUGCUUUGAAAUCCUGGGCUUCGACAUUUUGCUGGAUCACAAACUCAAGCCCUGGCUGCUGGAGGUCAACCACUCUCCGAGCUUCUCCACUGACUCCUGGUUGGAUAAAGAGGUAAAGGACAGUCUGCUGUAUGACACUUUGGUCCUGAUCAACCUGAGAAGCUGCGACAAAAAGAAAGUCUUGGAGGAGGAGAGACACCGGGCGAGGUUCCUGCAGCAGUGUCGUUCUCGGGAGACCAGGAAGGAGGAAGUCAAGGGCUUUCAGGCCGUGCUUCUAGAGAAAACUGAGAAGUAUGAGAAGGAAAACUGUGGAGGCUUCCGCCUGAUUUAUCCCAGUGUGAAUUCGGAGAAGUAUGAGAAGUUUUUCCAGGACAACAACUCCCUCUUCCAGAAUACAGUUGCCUCCAGGGCUCGGGAGGUGUAUGCCCGGCAGCUGAUCCAGGAGCUGAGACUGAAACAGAAAAUAUCCUUCCAAACGAAAGAUAAGAGGGUAGAAAUGCAGGGGGAAUCAGCAGGCGAGCGAGCGAGAGGCAAGAGCCUGCAGAGCUGGCGACAGAAACAAAGGCAGGAGUGCAAGACCGCCACCAGCCCGGCCUCCGAACAAUACCUCCAGCCGUUGGCAUUAGUGUCCUGCACGCCCGACUUGCUGUCGAGCAUCAGAGACACAAAGAAACAUGAGACAGACAGCAGCCUCGAGCAGGAGGCCCCCAGGGAGGAGGCUGGCCCUGCUCCCCAUGGGCCUACAUCUGCGAGGCCUGACAGCUCUAUUACUGACUUGAGGAAUUCAAGCCUCCUCGGCUGCUCCAGACCAGAGCUCAGUAAACCCGUCUCCAGAAUCAAGGAAGCCAAGUCCACCUCUGCAGUGGACACAAUCACCAGCACUGUGCCUCUAACCUCAGUAGAAACCUUCCCAGAAUCCACCACCCAGGUCUCAGAUACCCCUCAGUCUCUGCUAGGGGUGAUCAUGGGAACCAGCUCUGAGUGCAGUAGCUCAGAGAUGGACAGGGGCGCCUCCUUUAAACGCAAGCAGCAGCAGAUACCUUGGCACCUCAUCCAGGAAAAAUUAUCAAACAAUUCUCUGCCUACAAAAUCCCGGAGCUUCUCAAGAAGUCUGAACCCAAGCUGGACUUUGCUAAAGAAUGGCAUGAAGAAGCAGCAUCCCGUGUCAGAGCUGUUCGCCAAGGUUCCACUGAGGGAGAAGCUGUCCUUGUCCCCAGCUCACUACAACCCAGAGCUGGUGCUGAGUGAAAAGUCACAAAAUCCCUCCCUGCCCCGGAAGUGCUACUUCUGCAGCCGAAGCUCUGGCGAGAAGAGGCAGCUGGAUGUGCCCGCCCACCUCCUCUUGCAGAAUUCUCACAGCCAUGCUGUUUCCCUGAAUGACCUGCUGGUGGUUGCCACUGCAGCCCGACUGGAUCCGAGGCCUGGCAGAAGCCAUACAGGUGCUGUGCGAGACCGGUGUAUACAGGAUCAGGAAGCAUACAGCCACUGCCUGACCUCUGGCCAAAGAGGAUGUGAGAGGAACUAG